AUGGCUGAUUCCGACGUUUCCCCAAGCCUGGCUGGAUGGAUGCAGCUGCAUGGACGGGUGCAGGCCUCGAACGCUGAUCCAAACAUCCAAACAAACUUCUGCGUGAGCAAUAUGGCUACUCAAGGGACUAGAAGUGCGGAGGCCUCGGACGCCGCAUCAAAUUAUGAUCCAAAGACUGAUCCAAAGCGCAAGCCGGGAAGGUCAAAUGAUCCUGGAUGGAAAUAUGCAUUUUGGCCGACUAUUGGUAAUAGAGAUCUCUUGCAGUGUUGCUUAUGUGAUAGAACUGUAAAUGGAGGAAUUACAAGGCUCAAGGAGCAUCUUGUAGGUGGUUAUGGAGAUAUUCUGAAGUGUGCUAAAACCACACCAGCUAUUGCUCAGGAGAUGCAAGCUGCUUUGAAGGGCAAGAAGAGACCACUUCUGCUUGAUGAUGGUGGAGAGCUUCAAAGAGAAGAUGAUGAUGUGCUUGAUGUGACAGAGGAGUCCCAAGAUGCUUCUAGAAGUAUUGUGCAUCUUAGUUCAGGGACAGCUGCCAAAAGGAAACAAUCUAGCUUUUUGAAGUUCAUAGCACCAAAAGAGCCCAACACAAAGUCAGUCGGUUCAAUGCUUAGGAGAACUCCAAAAGAGGUUGUGGAAGAAAGACAUUCGAAGGGUCCUUCUCAGAUCAGUAUCCAAGCUAGCAUAAGGACAAAAGAAGAAAGAGAUGCUGUCAACUUGGAGUGGGCCAGGUUCUUUUAUGAGUGUGGCAUACCAUUCAAUGCCGCAAAUUCUAGGCAAUUUGAGAUUGCUAUAGAGGCCACUGCACAAUAUGGUUCUGGGUACAAGCCUCCAUCCUACCAUGAGCUUAGGAAGCCAUUACUCGAGAAGGUUGUUAAGGAAACAGAUGAUUUGAGGAAGAGGCAUGAGGAUGCAUGGAAGCAAUAUGGUUGCACAUUAAUAUCAGAUAGAUGGAUGGAUAGGAGAGGGCACCAUUUGAUCAAUUUUCUAGUCAAUAGUCCAAAUGGGACUUUCUUCUUAGAGUCGAUUGAUGCAUCAAGUGAAGUUCAUGAUCAAGUGAUGCUAGCUGAUUUGUUAGAGAAGAGAAUAAGCGACAUUAGCGUUGAUAAAGUUGUGCAAGUUGUCACUGACAAUGGGGCUAACUAUAAGGCAGCGGGCAAGCUUCUCAUGGAGAGGUUUCCUACGCUUUAUUGGACACCUUGUGCUGCACAUUGCUUGGAUCUUAUGUUGGAAGAUGUUGGAAAGUUGAAGGCAUUCAAGAAGCCUAUCUCACGUGCCCGUCAUGUCACUACUUUCAUCUAUAGGUAUGGAAGACUUCUUAGUGCAAUGAGGGAGAAGACAGGUGGUAGGGAUCUUGUGAGACCAGCAGCAACUCGGUUUGCUACCACAUUUCUCACCUUACAAAGUUUGCACAAGCAUAGAGAUGCACUGAGAUAUCCCUCUGAUGAUUGGACGAGUUGCAAACUAGCAAAGACAGAGGCCGGGAAAAAAGUGUAUGAUAUUGUGCUUUCUAGGGAAUUUUGGAACUCUGUUGAGGAUUGCCUUAGAGCUUCUCUACCACUUAUCAUUGUGUUGAGGGUGGUUGAUGGUGAUGAGAGGCCUGCCAUGCCAGAGGAAAAUUCUAUACCAUCCAAAAGGAGAAUGAUGAAUAUGUUGGGCACCUAA